AUGACCACUGGUAAAAGGUUAGAUCGCCGAACCAUUGUGACGGUUUGCCUUGUGGCUGCUUGCCUGCAGUGCAACCGAAGGAGGAGCCUCCAAUGGGGCGAAGUGCUGCUUUACAUAAAACUGAAAAGACCUGACGCAUUCUCCACUCCCCCGUGUUCCACACCCUUCUUGCCUGGUGAUAGAAAGCUAACCCGCAUGCACUGUGCUAGGUUCAUUCUUUCAUAG